AUGAAGGUGCACUUGAGGAUUCACACUGGAGAGAAACUAUUCCAAUGCAAAGAAUGUGACAAAGGUUUCCCUACCAAGCAAUACCUGACCAAACACACGCUGUUCCACACAGGGGAGAAAUCCUACCCGUGUAAGGACUGUGGGAAAGGCUUCGACCAGAGGGAAGACCUUGAACAGCACCAGUCAACUCACACGGAGGAGAAGCCACAUGGUUGCAUAGAGUGUGGCAAAUGUUUUAAAGACACUUACCAUCUGGCCAGACAUAAGCUGGUUCACACAGGGGAGAGACCUUUCACGUGCACUGUGUGUGGACGGGGCUUCAGCACCCAAGGCAACCUGAAAGUUCACCAGCGGAUUCACACCGGAGAGAAACCCUAUCGCUUGUCCUCGGCCAUAGUGUCCUCGGCCAUAGUUUCCUCGGCCAUAGUGUCCAGUGUGCCAUAG